AUGGAGAACGAGACGCGGACUGCAAUUCGUCACUAUAUAGGGCGCCUUUGUGCACCCAGACGUGCAGCCAGGGUCCUAACAUAUGCCGCUAUGAGCUACCCUCAUUUCUUCUGUGACUUCAUGCUUGAGCGUGAAGACUCAACAGCAAUCUCGCACCGGCCUGGCCCUUACGGUGGGCUGACAAUCGCUGGAAUCUGCGGUCGAAUGUUCCCAAGUCAGUCGUCCGAUUUGAAAGAGUUUCAAGAAGCAUUGCAGAUCUUGGACGAUAAACGCUCGCUCAUGUCUCGCAUACUUGAGUUCUACACAGGCAAAGACUGGCAGCCACGAGUCCAUGCAGAACUUACAUUACUCGAAGCUCUGCACGAUAAUGGUUGCAAGUUCUUCAACGACGAUAAAUACAUAGCUUGCAGCAAACCGGCAUGUUUCUGCUGCUACCACUACAUUUGCAACCAUCCUGGGGCGUUUACGCGUCCGCCAUGCCAUAACAAGGUCUAUCCGAACUGGCAGCCGCCAGCGUUGGCCAAAUCGACUGGCGAGGUGGGGGCUCUUCGACAACGUGACAUUAUGCUGAGACUAACACAGGAGGUAAGAAAUGCGGUUAUGAGGAAAGUCUUGGAUACGCAUAAGAGCAUGAGAUGGCACCCUGACUCUAGCACUGGCAUCACUUCACUGAUCGCGAAAGAGGCAGCUCCUGGAGGACCAAACGACAUUCUGACGAUGCCAGAAAGCUCGGGUACAGUGUCGCCACAACUUCUCGCAACAAGCAGCAGUGGAGAGGAAAGUGAGGACGGUGGAGUGGCUCUCGAUUGA